UAAACAGACCAGUUCUAGAUUAACCAUAGUAAACGCAAAUUGAAAAUGGAUGUUGAAAGAACUUUGAUGAAACAGGGCGCUGAAGCUAAAUUGUUCAAAUUCAAUUUCUAUGGUAGACCGUGUAUCGUUAAAGAACGUUUUAAGAAAACAUAUAGACACCCAGCUCUCGAUGCGUCACUGACGGCACAACGAAUGAAAUCUGAAGUGCGGGCGAUGCUCCGAAGCCGAAUGUGUGGCAUAUUCACACCAACAGUUUAUUUUGUGGACAUGGUCAACAGCAGUAUCUACAUGGAGGAGGUUCAGGAUUCUCAAACAGUCCGAGAUUAUAUCAUGAACAUUCAGGAGGAAAUUCCUGAUAUCAAUUCAGCAAUGACUGUCCUUGAACCUCUGGGAAAGAAAAUUGGUGAAAUCUUAGGUGUCAUGCACAAAAAUAAUAUUAUUCAUGGUGACCUGACCUCUUCCAAUAUGCUGAUUAAGGGGCAACCUUCAUCUUUCAAUAUUGUUAUGAUAGACUUCGGCUUGAGCCAUUUUGAGAAUAUGCCAGAGGACAAAGGUGUGGAUUUAUAUGUGUUAGAACGAGCCUUGCUGAGUACACAUCCCAACACAGAGCGAUUGUUUCAAGUUAUACUCAAUGCUUAUUGUGUCACUAACAAAGAUGGAGCAAAUGAAGUCCUGAGCAAACUAGAAGAGGUUAGAAUGAGGGGAAGAAAGCGCACCAUGGUGGGAUAAACAAGUUGAUGAUUUUAUACCUAGCUAUAUAUUAUUGGUAUAUGGUGUCCUGAAGAACAGGUUUUAUUGUACAUGUAUGUGAUUUGAAAGUCUGCAGCACACGUUUUCACUGCAAACAAAUCUAUCAUGUAUAACUUGGCAGCAAAAUCAUAACCAUACAGAUUAAGGAAUAUACCAUGGUGCAACGUCUGUCUGUCGUUCAGCAUCAACUUUUUACUUUAAACAGCUUCUUCUCAAUAACCAAUGGUUGAUAUUUGGCUAUUAUGUUCCUUGGAUGAAGCCUGACAAAGUUUGUUAAGGAAAUGUUCAAGGUCACAGGGGUCUAAUUUGUUAAAACAUUUAAACAACUUAUACUAAUGAUUUACAUGUAAAAGGAUGAGAUGCAUGACAAUUGACUGGUAUGUUCCUUGUAUUAAAUGUAGUUUUAUCAUCUCAUUUUACUGUGAUUGAACUGAAGACAAACAUUAAAGCAACCUAAAUGAU